AAGAACGUAGUUGAAUUUGUGUUAGUUGUGUUAAAAUAAUCAAGUGCUGACGGCAAAUCUUAGGCAGAAAAGAUAGAGGGAGAUGGAGCCUACUGUUUCGGAUGCCGGCUUGAAUUUUUUGUUUACUUCUCGGUUUUAACCACUGCUAAAUGUGGAUUUUGUGCGAGAACCCCAUGGCGGUUGUUCCAUUGUUCCUAGUUUGAACGUAAAUCUUAGUUCUGCUGCUUGUGGAAUUUUUUAUUAUUAUUUUUUUUUUUUUUUUUAAAAGGACCUUUCCAGGUACCUUUUACGCCUGAAAAAAUGAAGCCUUUGUUUUUUUCAGUCAAUUAUACCUAAUAUUGACAUUCUGUUUGGUACAAGAGACUUAAAGUGCUGCCUCACUCAGAGGACCAUUAAAGACUUUCUCUUUCGCUACAUGUAGCUGAAUGUGUUACUGCACAUCCUUUCUCCCCCCCCAAACCUUCCGAAAGAUUUUCAAAAAUGAAGAAAUUUAAUUUUCGCAAAGUUUUGGAUGGUUUAACUGCCUCAUCCCCUGGUGGAAGCAGUGGUGGUGGCAGUGGUGGUGGAAGUGGGGCUGGUGGUGGCUCCACGCACCCAGGAGGGACUGCAGGAGCUGCAGGGACACCCAGAGAUGAGAUCCAGGAGACGCUCACUUCGGAUUAUUUUCAAAUUUGUAAGACGGUUCGCCAUGGUUUUCCUUAUCUACCCACUGCCUUAGCUUUUGACCCAGUUCAGAAAAUUCUGGCAAUUGGAACAAGAACAGGAGCCAUACGAAUAUUGGGCAGGCCUGGUGUUGAUUGCUACUGCCAGCAUGAAAGUGGUGCUGCAAUUCUGCAGCUCCAGUUCUUAAUCAAUGAGGGUGCUUUGGUCAGUGCGAGUGCAGAUGAUGCACUUCAUUUGUGGAAUCUCCGACAGAAACGACCGGCCAUCCUACAUUCCCUGAAAUUUAACAGAGAAAGGAUUACUUACUGCCAUCUACCUUUCCAGAGUAAAUGGCUUUAUGUUGGAACAGAGAGGGGAAAUACACACAUUGUAAAUAUUGAGUCCUUCAUUCUUUCUGGAUAUGUUAUCAUGUGGAACAAGGCAAUAGAACUAUCCACAAAGACUCACCCUGGGCCAGUUGUACAUUUAAGUGACAGCCCAAGAGAUGAGGGAAAACUAUUGAUAGGCUAUGAAAAUGGGACUGUAGUACUCUGGGACUUACGAUCUAAAAGAGCUGAUCUGAGAGCUUAUUAUGAUGAGGCUAUUCAUUCUGUUGCUUGGCAUCAUGAAGGGAAACAGUUCAUGUGCAGUCACUCUGAUGGCAGCUUGACCCUAUGGAAUCUGAAAAGUCCUAACAGACCGUUCCAGACCACAAUUCCACAUGGAAAAAUUCAGAGAGAUGGAAAAAAGCCUGAAUCUUGCAAACCAAUUCUUAAAGUAGAGUACAAGACCUGUAAAAACAGUGAGCCAUUUGUGAUAUUUUCUGGUGGAUUGUCAUAUGAUAAGGCUUGUCGAAGACCAAGUUUAACAAUCAUGCAUGGGAAAGCAAUCACGGUUCUUGAAAUGGAUCACCCUAUAGUUGAUUUUUUAACUCUUUGUGAAACCCCAUAUCCAAAUGAAUUUCAAGAACCCUAUGCUGUAGUUGUGCUUUUGGAAAAAGAUCUCAUUGUUGUUGACCUGACACAAAGCAAUUUUCCAAUCUUUGAAAAUCCAUAUCCUAUUGACAUUCAUGAGUCACCUGUCACCUGCACAGAAUAUUUUGCGGACUGUCCUCCAGAUUUGAUUCCUGUACUCUAUUCUGUAGGAGCAAAACACAAAAAGCAAGGAUACAGCAAUAAGGAGUGGCCUAUCAGCGGUGGAGCAUGGAACCUUGGAGCUCAGACAUAUCCCGAAAUCAUUAUUACAGGCCAUGCAGAUGGAUCAGUAAAGUUUUGGGAUGCUUCUGCCAUUACUCUACAGAUGUUGUACAAAUUAAAAACAUCCAAGGUCUUUGAAAAACAGAAAGUGGGAGAAGGAAAAGCAACAGCUGAGAUUGUGGAAGAAGAUCCUUUUGCUGUUCAGAUGAUGUACUGGUGUCCUGAAAGCCGUAUCUUCUGUGUGGCAGGAGUUUCUGCAUAUGUGGUUGUUUACAGGUUCAGCAAACAUGAAGUAAAUACUGAAAUUGCAUCAUUAGAGGUACGACUUCAGUAUGAAGUAGAAGAUAUGAUUACUCCUGAACCAGAAAUGAUUCCUCCAUUUCCAGAUGCCUCCUCACAGCUUCCUUCUUUAAAGAGCCUUUCAGGCAGUACCAAUACCGUAGCAUGUGAAGGACCGAUGAAGGAUAGUAUUCCAUGUCUUAGCGUUAAGACUCGACCUGUGCGAAUGCCUCCCGGAUACCAAGCAGAUCUUGUUAUUCAGUUGGUGUGGGUGGAUGGUGAGCCUCCACAACAGAUUACCAGUCUUGCUGUAAACUCUGCUUAUGGACUAGUGGCGUUUGGGAACUGCAAUGGUUUGGCUGUUGUGGACUUUAUGCAGAAGACAGUACUGCUGAGCAUGGGAACCCUUGACCUAUAUGGAUCAAGUGAUCCAUACCAGCGUCAACCCCGUUCACCUCGCAAAAGCAAGCAGUUUGCUGCAGACAACUUUUGCAUGCGUGGCCUGUCUAACUUUUAUCCAGAUUUAACGAAACGGAUCCGUACUUCCUAUCAGAGCCUGACUGAACUCAGUGACAGUCCAGUUUCCCUGGAGCUAGAGCGUUGCAAGUCUCCCACUUCAGAUCACGUGAAUGGUCACUGUACAAGCCCAACAUCCCAGAGCUGCGGUUCAGGAAAGCGACUUUCCAGCGCUGAUGUCUCAAAAGCAAACCGCCGAGGGCCUGGGAGGCCCCCCUUCAGAAAAGCGCAGUCUGCAGCCUGCAUGGAGAUUUCUCUCCCGGUCACCACAGAAGAAAAUAGGGAAAACUCCUUCAGCCGUUCCCGAAGCUCCAGCGUGUCCAGUAUCGACAGGGACUCAAAGGAGGCAAUCACAGCUUUGUACUUCAUGGAGUCCUUUGCCCGAAAGAAUGACUCUGCUGUCUCCCCCUGUCUCUGGGUUGGAACGGGCCUCGGUAUGGUCUUAAUCCUCUCCCUUAAUCUGCCUGCUAGUGACGACUUACGGCAGUCAGAGCCGGUCAUGGUGUUGCCAAGUGGCACAGUUCUGACCCUGAAAGGAGCUGUGCUGACCUUUGCGUGCUUGGACUGCAUGGGGACAUUGACACAUCCACCAUAUGAAGUAUGGAGGGACCCACACAGUGCUGAUGAUGGUGAAAAAACAAGAAAAAGGAAACUUGUCAUGCAUUCCCCUUCUUCCUCCCAGGAUAUGGGUGAUCAUCAAUUUGCAGUCAUUUGUUCAGAAAAACAAGCCAAAGUCUUCUCAUUGCCUUCCCAAACAUGUCUUUAUGUCCACAACAUCACCGAAACGUCCUUUUUAUUGCGAGCAGAUGUGGUCACCCUCUGUAACAGCGUCUGUCUGGCGUGCUUUUGUGCCAAUGGGCACAUCAUGACACUGAGCUUGCCCAGCCUUCGCCCACUGCUGGACAUCAACUAUUUGCCUGUAACAGACAUGAGGAUAGCGAGGACCUUUUGUUUCACUAACGAAGGGCAAGCUUUGUAUCUCAGCUCUCCCACAGAGAUCCAGCGCCUGACCUACAGCCAGGAGAUGUGUGACAAUCUGCAGGACAUGCUUGGGGAUUUGUUUACUCCUGUGGAAACACCAGAAGCCCAAAACAGAGGCUUUCUCAAAGGACUUUUUGGAGGAAGUGGUCAAGCUUUUGACAGAGAGGAGCUUUUCGGCGAGGCCACAGCGGGAAAAGCCUCCCGCAGCCUGGCCCAGCACAUCCCCGGCUCGGGUGGAAUCGAAGGCGUGCGAGGAGCUGCAGGAGGAGUCAUCGGGGACUUGACUCGUGCCCGCAUCGCCCUGGAUGAGAGAGGACAGAAACUGGGAGAGCUGGACGAAAGGACCGCGAGCAUGAUGGCCAGCGCAGAGGCCUUCUCCAAACAUGCACACGAGGUGAUGCUGAAAUACAAGGACAAAAAGUGGUACCAGUUUUAGACUUUCAAAGAAGCUGCUUGUGGCUUUAAGAACACGGUUCAGGGAAGCAACAUUUCUUCCCAAAUCUACCAGUCACUGGCCAGAGACAAUUUUUUUCCUCCUAGAAGAUGUUUUCCUGUUACUAUUAUUGGAUUCAUCACAGUGGGAGUCAAGGAGAAAUUUUACAGACCAUGACACAGAAGCUAGAAUCAUGUGGGUCUUAGUCCAACAGCUGGCUCAUGCGGUAGCCAGUUUGUUUCCAAAAGGAACUCAACCAUCACUGUGGCAUGUAGUUUUUCAGAAGCUGUAGGUAUGAACUGUGGGGAGUGUGUCUGGUUAAAAAUAUUCUGUACAAACUCAAAUGUUAAUGCACUUAUAAAACUUUGCAUGACUAAUUGACAUCUUAAAAAAAAAAAAGAAAAUAAAAAAAGAAAAAGAAAGCAUGUUGUGACCGAAGAAAAAUGGGAUUUAUUUCUAUCCUGAGCAAAAAAAAAAACAAACCCACAAAUGGCAAAAAUCUUUAUUUUUUAAAAGUGACAUUACAAAAAGCCAGUACAUUUCAAGCAUGUUUCCUACUGUUCUCAACAUAAAAAUAAGUUGAGCUGCAUUUUCCUAUCUAUUUCCCUUGAAAUCAGUGCUCUUUAACUCCUACCAGAAAAUAAAUAAAUCCAAAAUCCUCUGCACAAAAUCUACAGAUUUUUGAAGUAGUUAGACAGGCAUCAUCUGAAAUGUCAUUAAAACAUGAGCAUAAAUGGUUUAUUUGCAAUUCAGAGCACAUACCAUGUUAUCCUUACCUGUACUUUUAAAAACAUGCUCUAGAUUCAUCUCCAUUGUUCUUGAAGGGGGCUGUGGCAUUUUUCAUCCCUGUGGUGUCUGUAUCACUUGGUUGCCUUAUUUCUCAGCAGCAAGAAUAGAAAACCAGCUCUUGAAUUCAGGAAAGGCAAGAUGAGAAAGCACAGUCCUGUCCAGAUCUGCUCACAGAAGCUGCUUAGCAGCUUGUAGAGCAGCAAUUUUUCUUAAGUGGUCAGUUGAAAUUAUGCUAAGGAAACUGCACAGUAACCCCCCAAACGCUGGGGAGGGGGAGAGAUCAGAGCAGCAAAACUCAGUGAUGGGUCAGGGGAGGAGCACAAAGAGCAAACAAUUGUCAACAUGCAGUGCUGAAUUGGCAUAUAUAUAGAAAAACCACCAUGGGUGAGUGACAAUUGAUUUUCUGCUUGCACUGCUAGAAGUGAUUUGCUUCUGCUUCAAAGUGGCUUCUACAGUGAACUCUGCAGAAAACUCUCCAACCUGCAACUACAGAAAAGAACCUGUUACCCGUCUACGUGCAGAUUCCUAGUCCCCGAGUGUGCUGCAGCCACAGUAGCCCUACAAGAGCCUCACAGGUCAACUGUUAAGUUAGAAAUUUUUCCAAGAUAUUUUUUCAAGACUAGCUUUGAAAGAAGGCACUGAAGACUUGUUUUCAUGUGCCUGGACGUAGUUUCAAAUUAGAAAAGUGAGGAAAAGCAGCAUUUCAAAAUUUUCUUUAUGAGAAGACUGAUAUCCUGUCCCUUCAAAGGAGUCCUAACAGACACUGAUGCAGACAGGCAGCAUCCCCCUCCUAACUUGACCUUAACUUCACUGCUUUUUAUAUCACCCUAGUGUUCAGAUGAUCUCUCUCAAAGAUACUUUUCCCCCAUCCUUCCUUUUCUUACAACAAAAUAAACCCCAGGAAUCUGUACAGUCCAGAAGUCUGACUUCACUAUCAGCCCAACUGUACAAGUCAAAGGGCUGGAACAGAUUUGAGGUGUUAAAUUCACAUUGUAGCACAAGUGGGAUUUCACGCUUUACAGGAUUUUUAUAUUUCUCUGUGGGAAAAAUCAAAAUUAUGGCCCUGACAGGUCUAGCUCAGCUCAACAAGUUUCUCCUGUGACAGAUAAACUGCUCUAUAAUUGUGAGAAAUGUAGAAACUUGUUAGGAAGAAAGGUCAAAGCCCAGGUUUCUGCUGAGAGUUAAGGACUUGGAGUUGUCCAUGAGCUGAGAAGAUGUCUGGGGAGGGGCGGGAUGGUGUGAGGAAACAACAAAAACUCACCACACUGAUGCCAAUAGGAACUGGGUUGUAGAACCCCUUCUUGUGUGUGUGAGGAAACACCACUGUAACGAGGCAUCUAGAAUGAGACGUAAAUGAGAACAACAUUACAGUGAUUCUACCUUGUGUUUAAAUGUAUAUUCAUUCUGCCUGUGCUCUGGGCUAUACUCCAAAAUCACUAGUCUCUGGGCAACAAAAUAAUUUGGGGCAGCAGAUCAUUCAAGCCCUCUAAUCAACCUUCUAGCCCUUCUUCUUCCUGCCUUCUCUGCUCAUAUGGAGAAGCCAAGCAGAGUUCACUAACACCACACCAGGGCUGUCCCACCAGCAUGUCUUCUGUACCAGCUGUACACUUGCUUCUGCACAGGGCCAGUGCCAAUGGAAAGGUCGCUACAGUUCCAGUGUGGCACUUGUGCACCCACAGGCUAUGGGGCCAGUUUCCGCUGUGAAGUGGUGUUUACACAGGCAGCCUUUAGGAAGGCAGCCCGUUAAGGGGUACCACGGGGGGCCCAGGCCGCAGUUACUUCACUUUGAUGACAAGGUAGCCACCAGUUCUGCGUAAGGUUUCAGCUCUACGUCACAUGGGUGGCUUCAUAUUGCAGAGAUCCCAUUACCUUGAUUUCAGUGGAAACAUCUUCAGGCCAGAGCUAGAGCCUGCUCGCUCAUUUGAGACUUGCAUGUAAAAAUUUAAGACCAACUUUAAUUGCUAAUCACAACAGCAAUCCCAGAGAGAAAAGUGUCUUCAACAAGUCUUUUACACAAUGCCUAAUUGACUUUGGCUGCCAACAGUCUCUAGCUUAACACCAGGGGAAAAAACAACCACCUGACAGUAGAUUUCCAUUUGCAUUUUUAUGCAACAGAGAAAUAGGAAUCUAGCAUCCCACAAAAUUACAAUUUUUAAUACUAAUCUUUUCAGCAGCUUUUCUCUAGUACUCCCCAUCAGGUCACAGCUGUAUCUUGCUUUCCACACUUACAUAUUUUACAUAUUUCCAAACAGGUACAAAUUACUAUUUCUGUUAAGUUCACCACUUGUGACUAUAAUUAUCAAUUUUCUUGUAGUCUGUAGAGAUCUAAAAAGUUGUAUAUGUUUGUAUAUAGAACAUUCUAUAUAUAUAAAUAUAUAUAUGUAAUGUAUAUGUUGUAUAAGUUUGUUAGUGCACACUGUUAAAUGCUUUCUAUCAAGAUUUACCAUGUACGUGGAAAAAAACCCUUCACUUAAAAACUUCAAUGAGGGAGGAAAAAAACUCUUGCCUGGUUGAUUUACUGUGAAAUGAGGGGGAGUGUGGGAUUUUUGAAAGGUCUGACCUGAAUGCUACUAAAGGCUGGUAAUGAAAGGCAUAAAGAUGCAGCAUUCCAAGCCACGAGCACAGCACCUUACCUGACUUGCUGUAAGAAAACUGAGGACACGAACUGUCGCUGGAUGUUGAAAUCAUGUGCUUUCACCUUUCCCACUAAGACAGCACCACCUCAAGCAAAAUCCUAAACUUAGACAUAUCUUCAACAUCACAAUCCUCAGUUACAGAAGACCAGAUUGGCUGGCAGUAUUAUUUCAAUUUAAAAUGUUUUUUGUUGUUUUGGAUACCCAUGUUCUUCUUUACAGGAGCUCCCUAUCACAACCACAUCCAAAUCCAGAUGCACAGAAUUCCAGCAGCGCAAACAUUACCUCUGGGUUUGACCAGAUGUUUUUAAUCUGAUGCCUAGAGAUGUAAACAGACAAGAGUACACAGAGAAAACACAUUAAAUUAGUUUGUUUAUAUGUUUUUAAAGUUGGCAAGUCUUCAGUGAAGUAUAAGCUCUUUUAUUUUGGAAAAAAAAAAAAAAUCCAUUCCUAGUUUUAACUUAAGCUUCAAAUCCUGAAUUAAAAGACAUGAUAAAGGAAAUUUUGAGAAUCAGUUUUUUGUUUUGUACAAUGAUCAGUUUUCUAAUUUUUUUUAUAGUUCUACAAUUCAACUAUGUACAUCAAUUAGACAUUCCCUAUAUUACCAGAAUAUAGCCUGUUAAAUAAUUUAGCAGAAAUAGUCAAUUUACUACAUAUAUUGCAUAAAAUUAUCACAUUCAGAAAUCCUCUGAACCAGUUUAUAUAUUCCUUUUACACAAGCCCUUUCACAUCUCAACGUGUGCAUUGUAAUGAAGAUAUGCAUCUAAAAGUAUUUUUUUCAGUAUACAAUUUAAGAAGUGAAGAAAACACUGCAAGCUUGAAUAAGAGCAGUAUUCAACCUCAGGACUCCUCCAUUUAUUUUAAACUGUGUGGAUUGUAAUACAAGGAAAAGGCAGAUUUCUGUUAAUUACACCCCUUAAAUACCCUGCUCCCCAUACAUCCUUUUCCAUAACCUAAAGGUGAACUCAAGCACAGUAUAUAUCAGUCUUGAAUGGUAUUUGCCUUGGUAUGGUCUUAGUAAGAACACACUCUCUCUCAUUAAGAAACUACUUGUGGCCAUUUGUAGUCAACUCUUCAUUUUAGAUGUAUAAGCAAUAGUCAUGUAAAUGAGUGUUUCCAUUCAUGUGUUUUGUUUUGUGAUUAAAUCAACAAAUCAAACAUUGUACUUUUUUAAAUAGCAACCAAUAUUCAGAUUCAGUGUCAAGGAAAUGUGGACAGAAUACAUGUGGGGUUUGUUAAUAAGUCCUUACCUGUCUCUCAGAAUGAAGGCUAAUCCGGGGUGAACCACACUCCUGCGCUAACCACGUCCUACAGGUACCCUAAAUCAGCAUCACAAAAGGAAAACUAAGGCAUCUUUAACUGAGGCUGUUUUGAGUUCUCAGUAACAAC